UGAAAUUAUAUUAUUUUGCCAGUCGUUUCUGUCUCACAAACUCGUGUGGAACUUAAAUUUUAUAUUUACUAAAUUAACAGUGAUUUUUUUAAAAAUAAUUUUCGUUGUAGAAAUAAUUUUAUCGAAAUCAUGAUUUCAUUUCGAUUGACAUUAUUCCUUGUCGGAUUGGCUUUUCAUUGUUUGUCAUUAACAGAAGCAAUGAAUUAUUAUCAAUCUUAUUAUCAGCCAAGAAUUCAAUCAAGCAAUGGCUGUGGAUCUUAUACAUGUGGAACAAAUGCAAAAUGUACAAUGACUGAUGGAAGACCAGUUUGUUCUUGUCUUAAUCUUUACAUUGGUGAUCCUCUUUCUCACUGUCAUCGUGUUGAAUGUCAAAUCGAUGACGAUUGUGCAAAUCACAAAUCCUGUUUAAAUAAUAACUGUGUGGAUCCUUGUGCUGGAGCAUGUGGAGUUGGAGCUAAUUGCCGAGUCGUUAAUCAUGUUCCAACUUGUAGUUGUCCACCUAAUUGGCUUGGUAGUCCAUUUACCAGAUGUUAUGCUGAGUGUACUGUUGAUGGAGAUUGUCCAGGUGGUAAACCAGUGUGUUCAUAUCACAAAUGUAGUAAUCCAUGUGAAAAUGCAUGUGGUAUUAAUGCAAAUUGUGAAUUACGUGGUGCAACUGCUAUUUGUAGUUGUCCAAGAGACAUGACUGGUGAUCCAUUUGUUAGCUGUAGACCUUUUACACCAGAGGAUCUUUGUAAGCCAAAUCCAUGUGGUGAAAAUGCAGUUUGUAAUCCUGGUCAUGAUAAUACUGGAAAAGAAAGACCAGUAUGUACAUGUGAACCUGGUUAUAUUGGUAACGCAUUGACAAGUUGUCGAAAGGGUGAAUGUCAAAGUGAUAAUGAAUGUGCUGAUAAUCGUGCAUGUAUUGAUUAUUAUUGUCAAGAUCCAUGUACUGGUAAAGAAUGUGCAUUAACAGCUAAAUGUGAAGCACGUCGUCAUAUUGCUGUUUGUACAUGUCCAGAUGGUUCACGAGGUGAUGCUGUUGUUGGUUGCAGUGCUAUAUCAUCUCGUUAUGGAGCUGGAAAAUAUUUAAGAGGAUAAUUAUCAUCAUAAAUUAUCUAAAAAAUUAAAUAGCAAAUAAAUAAUACACUUUAUUUCAGAAAUUUUUUGUGUCAAUGUUUAAAAACAAAAAUAUAUAUUUUAUAUUCAACAUAUUAUUUUUUACAUAUUAUUUUGUGUAUUAAUUAUAUAUUUUUUUUUUGUAAUUAACUAUGUCUUAUAUACUUUCAUUUUAUUUAUUUUAUAAACUAAACAUUUUUUUUUUUGAAACAAAUAUUUAACAUUUUUUAUAAUUAAUAGUUAUUGUUAUAAAUUAUUUUAAUUUUUUUCUUUUUUUUUCUUACGAGAAUAAACACAUAUCAAUGUUGAUGUGUUGUUACAAAAUAUAAAAGAAAAUAAUAAUUACAAAUAAAAGAGAAAUGUAUACUUUGAGAUUUAUUUAAUUUUUUUUUUUUUUUUUUUUAAAUUCUUAUACUGAGAAUAUUUAUGAUGACUCAGUAAUUACCGGAAGAAAUAAUCAGUUAAUUGUUACUAAUUACAAAACGAAAAAAUAAAUGAAAAUUAAUUAUACUUGUUGACUGUCAUCAUAUAUGAAGACUUGUAUUAAAUGAUAUUUUUCAUUUUUCUUUAAAAGAAAGUAUUUUUUGUAUUAUUUGAAUUGAAAAAGUUGAAAAAGCUCGAGCCUAAAAAAAUAGAUUAUAACAAGUAAAUAAAGUAUAAAAUUUGGUAUUUUUUCAGUUGUAGAUAAAUCAAAUCUACCUGGAAUUUGUUUAUCAUCAUUAUCAUCAGUUGAUUCAUCUUUUUUAUUAAUAUUUUUAAUUGCUGAUAUAUCUGACAUAAAUGAUGCUUGUGAAUGUACAGGUGAAACAUCACCCAUCCAACUUUGUACUGGUGAAUUUGGAUAAUUUAUUUUUUCAUUUUUUUCAUAAUUAGCUGAAAUAUUUUUAAUAGCUUAUUAAUUAUUAUAAAUUAAUAGUGAUAUUAUUUUAUAUAAAAAAUAUUACCUCUUGUUGAAUCA